GACCUGUACAAGGAGGAAAAGGCAAGACGACAGUGGUUUGAAAGAUGGCGGCGCACACGCAAAAGAAUAACAAGCCAGCGAAACCUGGAGGAAAAGAGGCACAGCCUCUCAUAAUCGCCAAAACUCCUGCGGAGGAACAGCGUCUGAAGUUGGAGAGGUUAAUGCGAAACCCGGAUAAGCCCGCUCCCAUCCCGGACCGGCCUAAAGAAUGGAACCCGCGGGCUCCGCCGGAGUUCGUCCGAGAUGUGAUGGGCUCCAGCGCGGGUGCAGGCAGCGGGGAGUUCCAUGUUUACAGGCACCUCCGACGCAGAGAGUAUCAGAGGCAGGACUUUCUGGACAAGAUAGCAGAUAAGCUCGACGAAGACGACCAUUAUCUGGAGAAGGUGGAGCAAAACAAAAAGGCAGCAGAUGAAAGAACGGCAAAGCGCAGGAAGAAGCGGGAAAAGUUGAAGAAGAAAAAGGAGAUGGCCAAGAAGGCAAAGCUAGAGUCCAAAAACAAGGACGAAGACGACGACGACGCCGAGAAGAGCACAGACAGCAGUGAAGAAGACGAAGGGGAGAAAGAAGCUGACGAUGAUGCCGAGGCACCUAGCUUCAUCAUGGGGAAGAAAUAAAUCAAGCAGGGAGACUGCCAGGACUGGUCACCGGUUUUAAUGCUCCUUGGUAGCGACAUUGUGGAAAAUCGAUCAUGAAGACAUGGAGGAGAUGGAGACCAGAAUCACACAACAACCAUUUAACCCUCUUGUUGUCUUUGACCCCUUUAAAAUGUCUAUAUCUGAAAUAUGUGUUUCUUUUUAACCAAAUUAACACAAAAAUGGGAUUGGAUUCCGUUCAACACUCUUGCAAAUACAAUUGAUCACUUUCAUUCCUGAUGAAACUCAUCUGUACGUUUCUCUGAUCUUAACUAUUAGUCAAAAUAAUUAACAAUUUCUGCUUUUUUUAACUCAGGUAUUAGGUAUAAUUCUAUAUAAAUGAGGGUUAUUGACUAUGAAUUACAAAAGUAGGCUACUGUAAAACUAGUGGUAUUAAAGUGGUGUUAGUGAAAACCUAAAAGUCUAACAAAAAUGGACAUUUCUUUUUUUUUUUUUUUUUUUUUUUUACCUGGGAGGACAACACAAGGGUUAGAAACCAGUUUAAGAGCAUUGUACAAGGGUGGGUGCUUCAUGUUUUGCGACCAGAAAAAACUGGAUGGACUGCCUAGUUUUAAUAGGCAGAAAGCCCCUCAGAGUGUAUGAUUUUAAUUAUGCUUCAAUGAUCUCACUAAAAUGUUAUCUUAAGAGCUUAGUUCUCAUGUUUCAGUUAGCAGUUGUAUUGUCUUCAGGGGCUUCUGGAGCUUGCCAAAAAUAUAUAUUUAUCCAAGUUUUCAGAAUUUUGACUUGAUUGGGAAUCCUAUAAUGGUAUAUUUUAAUAAAAGAUGGUAUUUGAAA